AUGCCAUGCUGGGUGGGUGAGGCCAUGCCAUGCUGGGUGGGUGAGGCCAUGCCAUGCUGGGUGGGUGAGGCCAUGCCAUGCUGGGUGGGUGAGGCCAUGCCAUGCUGGGUGGGUGAGGCCAUGCCAUGCUGGGUGGGUGAGGCCAUGCCAUGCUGGGUGGGUGAGGCCAUGCCAUGCUGGGUGGGUGAGGCCAUGCCAUGCUGGGUGGGUGAGGCCAUGCCAUGCUGGGUGGGUGAGGCCAUGCCAUGCUGGGUGGGUGAGGCCAUGCCAUGCUGGGUGGGUGAGGCCAUGCCAUGCUGGGUGGGUGAGGCCAUGCCAUGCUGGGUGGGUGAGGCCAUGCCAUGCUGGGUGGGUGAGGCCAUGCCAUGCUGGGUGGGUGAGGCCAUGCCAUGCUGGGUGAGGCCAGUCCGUGCCUUUCUUGCUCUGUAUGCCGUCUCCCCUGGCAAGGGCGGGUUUGGGUCGGUGGUGCUGUGUGUGAACAAGCUGGACGGGCGCAAGUAUGCCAUCAAGAGGAUUCCCCUCCGGGGCAAGAGCCCCGCCCUCAACUCCAAGAUCCUCAGGGAGGUGGCGACGCUGUCACGGCUGCAGCACCAGCACGUGGUGCGCUACUACCAGGCCUGGUUCGAGACCGGGGCCGGCCGCUCCACUCGCCACCUGCCCGCGCACACCGACACAGACAGCAUGGAGGGCAGCGCGAGCCCCACUGCGAGCACGUCGCUGGCGUCGGCAUCGGAGUGGCUCACUCGCGAUGCAGACCUCACCCACUCCCACAGCUUGCCGGGGGGGAGGGACGGCAGGAAUGGGGGUGAGGCGGAAACGACGUACCUGUACAUUCAGAUGGAGUACUGCCCCAGGUGCGUUCAGAUGGAGUACUGCCCUAGGACGCUGCGGCAGGUGUUGGAGGCGAGGGGGGGGGACGAGGUGGAUGGCGCGUGGGCGUGGAGGGUGGUGCGGCAGGUGGUGGAGGGGCUGCUGCACGUGCACGGGCAGGGCAUCAUCCACCGCGACCUCACUCCCAACAACCUCUUUGUUGACCCGCGUGGGGACAUCAAGAUCGGCGACUUCGGCCUCGCCAAGUUCUCGGAGCUGGGGGAGGGGGUCGAUGCUGCAGACGCUGGAGAAGAGGCAGAAAGGGAAUUGAGUCCCGAAGGGGGUGCAGAAAGGGGGGGGAGGGAAGGGGGCCCCAUGGGGGAGAGGCGGCAGUCGGCGACGGGGCAGGUGGGGACGUACUUCUACACGGCACCCGAGGUGGAGCAGGGGUGGGCGCACGUGGACGACAAGGCAAGUGCACGCAGCAUCCGCACCCCUGGCCUGGCACCCCACGCACCCUGUCAUCUCGUACCUCUCUCCUCUGGGUGGGGUGGGCAGGUGGACAUGUGGAGUGUGGGCGUGGUGCUGCUGGAGUGUUGGCACCCCUUCCACACGGCCAUGGAGCGCGCUCACACGCUCUCAGCCCUCAAGCUGCACUGCACCAUUCCACAUGAGUGGGCGCUCAAGCACCCCCAGGUGGCAGAGCUGGUGAGGCGGCUGCUGAGUCCGCUACCCAGUGACCGCCCGUCAGCAGCAGAGGUGUUGCGAUGCGACCUCAUGCCGCCGCGCAUGGAGGAUGAGGCGCUCAACGGUGGGUGCUUGCACACCACAAACGGCAUACUGAGGGCCAUCCAGGCGCCGGGGGACGACUCCUCCUCCUCUACUUCCUCGUCGGCGGUGUACGACCGCGUGCUCGCCGCCAUCUUCGCCCGCCUCCCCGCCACGCCUCCCUCCUCUGCGCCCACCCCGCCACCUGUGCGCACGCUGCAUGGGGGGGCCGGGGAGGAGGAGGAGUGGGAGCGGGGGGCGGUGCAGUGGACGGGGGCGAGGGAGGCGUUCAUGGCGGGCGUGCAGUGCAUCUUCCACCGCCAUGGCGCCCUGCGCUCCGACACACGUGUCGUUGACUUUGCCUAUCCCGACCGCCACACCCACGAGCUGGCGGUGCGGGUGGUGGACGCACAGGGCUCGCUGCUCUCACUGCGCUACGACACUCGACUCACCUUCGCCCGCUGGGUCGCCGCCACACAGACCUCGUCUCUGAAGCGCUUCCAGUUCUCCUCUGUGUUUCGCCGCGCUCCCGGUCGCCGCCCCCCUCACGAUUAUCUGCAGGCAGACUUUGACAUUGUGGGAGGGACGCCGGUUCUGGCGGAUGCUGAAGCCAUCAAGGUGGCGGUGGAGGUGGUGGAGGGGAGUGCGGCGGCAUGGGGGGCGGUGGAGGUGCGGCUGAACCACCGCGACCUGCUGUGCGCCAUCUGGCAGUGGGCAGGGGUCACACGCCCGCAGGUCGCCAGUGUCGCCCAGCAGUUGCUGGCGCUGCUGGGCGGCUCUCCCCCCACAGCCCCCUCCCGCAAGGCCGCGUGGCCUCUUGUUCGCCGCCAGCUGCUGCAGGGAGUGGGGCUGGGUGAGGCGGUGGUGGAUCGCCUGCAGGCGGUGGAGAAGCGCUUCAGUGGGCCGGCAGACGAUGCCAUGGCGCGCCUCGCAGGGGCGCUGCCACCAGGUAUGCGCUCACAGGGGCGCUGCCACCAGGUAUGCGCUCACAGGGGCGCUGCCACCAGGUAUGCGCUCACAGGGGCGCUGCCACCAGGUAUGCGCUCACAGGGGCGCUGCCACCAGGUAUGCGCUCACAGGGGCGCUGCCACCAGGUAUGCGCUCACAGGGGCGCUGCCACCAGGCCCACUGGUGGCGGCGGCACUGGGCGAGCUGGGAGAGCUGCUGGCGCUGCUGCGAGUGUGGGGCAUCCACCCCGCGUGCACCACCAUCGACGCCCUCAUGGCGCCCUCCCACCACUACUUCUCCAAAUGCUUCUUCCAGGUCCACGCAAGGCACCUGCCGUCUCAACCUUCCCAUCACCAGCACCAGCAGCAGCACCCCCUAAACCCUAUCAGCACCCAGCGCACCACCCUGCCCUCUGAUGCUUCCUUGCCUGGCGCUCGCUCGCUCUCCGCCUCGCCCCCAUCCGCCCUGGCCGCCCCGUGGUCGUCCUCGCCGCCCCUCUGCGUGGCUGUGGGCGGCCGCUACGAUGCCCUGCUGCUCCACCUCUCCUCCGCUGCUGCCGCUGGGAGAGGAGCGGUGGGUUACAUGGGUAGCUCCACUGCAACGCAGGCAGCGGUGGAUGUGCUCGUGUGCGCCCGGGGAGGGGCGGGGCUGCUCAGCGAGCGGAUGGAAGUUUCUGCGCGGCUGUGGGCGGCAGGAAUCAAGGCGGAGUAUGUGAGUGUGCGGGCACCCAGCCUGACGGAGCAGUAUGAGCACGCACACGAGCACGGCAUCAAGUGGCUCGUGCUUCUCACCGAUGCCGGCCUGCACACCCACUCUGCCAAGGUACGGCAUCUAGAUUUGAAGACGGAGGAGGAAGUGAGCCUUGAUAAUUUGGUCAAGUUCUUCCUCGACGCCCUGCCGUCUCUACCCACUUCUCGCCGCCGCGGGGCCACAGCACCAUCUGGUUCUGGCGCUGCUUGA